CAUCUAGGUUUAUUAAAUGUUCUAAACCGUCUCUGGUAGUCUUUGACACAGACGGUUGGUCUUUGCACACAUCACGGAGCAGGAGCUGUAACCGUGUCCAUGGCAACGCGGUCUGAAGUUCCAAACAGUCAGCGCUCCUUAACCUUACUUAAAGUUUCUCGAUCUGCUCCUACAAUGCAUUCAGAAAAUGUCUCCGAUCUCAUGAGCAACGAUCUUCCAUUCACAACAUCUGGGUACCAAGGAAUAGAUGGCCAGAUCUCCCAGAUCCCAGGACUGUCCCCGACCAUCAGCAGUCUUCCUGAAGAGAGGGCCCGAGGGAGAAGGGCCGGUGUCCUAGACAGUGAUUCUGACUAUGUCAAGCUUGCAAAACAAGGAGGGCAUAAGGGACUUUUAUGGCACGAGGAAUCCACAACUUCUAAACCUGAUGCAUACGAGCCUCUGGGCAGGUUCUUCGCAGGAUCAGGAGAUGAUGAAAAACCAAGUCUAAUUAACAGUGAAGAGAAGAAAAACCUUGGAGCUUUUCAACAGCGAGAGCCCCCCUUUGGGACGGACAACAUGUCAGCAUGGGAGAGGGAUGAUAGCAGCAGCAAUGCCAAAGAGAAGAACAACAAUGUUCAUUACAGCCAGAUGGAGAAAUUGCAGCCAUCCGAUCAAUAUUAUGAGACCAGCAAAUUCAAGAGGAUAGUAUAUGACAAGAAUCCAGCCCCUGUCGACAUGUCUAAGCUGUUGAGCUUUGGUUAUGCCAAUGAGAACAAACCACUAGACAAUACUGAUUUGUCAGAUUAGAAGACUGCCAGUGCCGUGGAAAAAAGGAUGUACAAACCCAAAUGCUUCCAACAGGAAUUGUUGCCAUCCUUUCUUCCCUUUAUUCAUUUCUUUAUUACCCCUUCAUAUACUGAGCCACAUCAAAUGUUUUACUUAGUUUCAAAUGUUCUUUGAUGUCAGAUGUAUUACACAAGUGUGAAAGUGCUUAAUUGAGUUCAAGCUUGGACCUGUUAUUUAUUGUGCCCGUUGGUGGUGCCUCAUUAACUGUAUUCCUUAAGUAAAGAAGACAGUCUUUAUUUCUGUGUCUGUAACUUUUUAAAAGGCAGAUUUAAGGAUUAAAAUGUGAUUGUUCAAAUAAA